CGACUACCGACUAGUCUGGCUUGCUUCCCAUCUCCACCAACCUGGUACGACUACUGCCAAACAUCGACCUCGCACACGCUCCCUUCGUGUUCUGCUCCAUCUCCUCGUCGACUCUUCGCCGGAGUAACCCACCCGCCGAGGCGUGUCAGCCAGCCAGUCGGUGCUGCGAUCCCUCCAACACGACAAGGCAACGGACUCAGCUGCAGGCCUCUUUCCCUCUCCUCUUCUCCACGCUCGCUGUCAUCAUAUUCCUCUGAAAUACGAGGUCGACGUCGAAGGAUCCCAAGCGAGACCAUCACACCAUCCUCCACCAACCCUGUCUCAGCUUCAAACGUCUUCCCCGCCUCCGCAAACAACCGUUCCUGCAUCAAGGCAGCAUGUUCAAGUCACUGGGAAAGAUGAUGGGAGGGUCGAGCAAGAAGAGCAAGUCCAAGUCUUCGCUCAGCGGCACGAGCGGAGGCGACGACGAGGCAGACGAGUUCGGCCAGCCGUCCGAUUAUGGGCGUGGCGGCGCAGGAGGUAGUAGCAAGGUUCACACUGCUGGAGACGCAGAGAAUGGAGCUGGAGGAUCGAGCAGCAGCAGGUCGCGGCGCAUUCCUACCGACAGCGGGUCAUCGCAGAAGAUCGAGAAGAAGGGGGGAGUCACAAGACAUCAGUCCCCGCUGCCUUCACCUCCAGGCUCAUCGCGCAACCCUCUCUCUGAGGCGAGCGACGCUAAUGGCAGCAGCGGCAAUGGUCUCGCAGAUGGAAGUAGCGGAGCAGCAGGCAGUCCUUAUCAGCGUAGCGAUGGGCAAUACGACAGCGGCACCUCGCCCGCCGUACAAGCAGCAUCAGCCGCAGCCAAUUCAGCGCCGGGCAUUCCCACCACACACACCAUCCUCGCCAACCCUCCCGGAGGCUCGUCCAGCAGCCUGGGCGGUGCAGGCGGCGGCGUGCCAGGUAGCGCAGGAGGGCCACGCAGCAUGCAGUCCAGCGCCAGCCAGAGCGGCAGCUAUGCCGACGGGGUACGUACAUUCGACAUCGACGACAUGAUCUCUCGUCUUCUCGAGGCAGGCUACGCAGGCAAAAUUCCCAAGCCAGCCCUCAAGAAUGCAGAGAUUACAGCUGUUUGCCAAGCGGCGCGUGAGGUCUUCCUCUCGCAGCCUACGCUCAUCGAGCUCAGUCCUCCGGUCAAGAUUGUGGGAGACACGCAUGGGCAGUACCAGGAUCUGCUCAGGCUCUUUGAGAUGUGCGGCUUCCCGCCGAGUGCGAAUUAUCUCUUCUUGGGCGACUACGUUGAUCGAGGGAAGCAGAGUCUUGAGACCAUCCUCUUGCUCCUUUGCUACAAGAUCAAGUACCCGGAGAACUUCUUCCUUCUUCGCGGCAACCACGAGUGUGCCAAUGUAACGCGAGUUUAUGGCUUCUACGACGAAUGCAAACGCCGCGUGAACAUCAAGAUCUGGAAGACUUUCAUCGACGUUUUCAACACUCUCCCCAUCGCGGCCGUAGUAGCCUCCAAGAUCUUCUGCGUGCAUGGCGGCCUUUCACCCUCCCUGUCCAACAUGGAUGACAUCCGCCGCAUCGAGCGCCCGACCGACGUGCCCGACUAUGGCUUGCUCAAUGACCUGCUCUGGAGCGAUCCCUCGGACACGGCGCUCGACUGGGAGGACAACGAGCGUGGGGUCAGCUACUGCUUCGGCAAGGCGGUGAUUCAGCAAUUCCUGGCGCAAUACGACUUUGACUUGAUCUGUAGGGCACAUAUGGUUGUUGAGGAUGGGUACGAGUUCUGGAACGAGAGGACGUUGGUGACAAUUUUCAGUGCGCCGAAUUACUGCGGAGAAUUCGAUAACUUCGGCGCUGUGAUGAGCGUAUCAGAGGACCUGCUUUGCGCCUUUGAGCUGCUCAAGCCCCUUGACGGAGCAGCUCUGAAGAAGGAGAUGGCAAAGAACAAGCGAAGGAGCUUGAUGCAGCAUCAAUCUCCACCUGCAGGUAGAGGGCAAGGGUCGUACUAAAGCAUCAAGCUUACAUUCACCUCGUCCGCACUCGCUCACUGGGUACUCGACUCUGUUCACAAUCAUCUGGUCUCUCUUCAUCUUCACUCUUCACCGGCUUCACAACCACUCAUCAGCCCCCGCUUGCCUCUUCCCACAUCAUCACCAUCGUCGUUGUCGUGUCUUAUGUUCUUUACGUUGUCUAUCUCACUGUCCCGCGUCUCGUGCCAAUCAAGGCUUGAACAAUUGAAGAAACGAAUGCAAAUACGAAUGAAGGCCUCGUGAAGGCCUGUG